CUCUGAAUCUUGAAUCAGAAUUUUUUGAACAAAAAAAUGGCUGAUUCUGAGGAUAUUCAACCUAUCGUCUGCGACAAUGGAACUGGAAUGGUCAAAGCUGGUUUCGCCGGAGAUGACGCUCCACGGGCAGUUUUCCCAAGUAUAGUCGGUCGACCUAGACACACCGGAGUCAUGGUCGGCAUGGGUCAAAAAGACGCAUACGUCGGCGACGAAGCUCAAUCCAAAAGAGGUAUCCUAACCUUAAAAUAUCCAAUCGAACAUGGAAUCGUUAGUAAUUGGGAUGAUAUGGAGAAAAUUUGGCAUCAUACUUUCUUCAACGAACUUCGUGUUGCUCCUGAAGAACACCCUGUACUACUUACAGAGGCGCCACUAAACCCUAAGGCCAAUAGAGAAAAGAUGACCCAGAUUAUGUUCGAGACUUUCGAUGUCCCUGCUAUGUAUGUUUCAAUUCAGGCGGUUUUAUCUCUUUACGCCAGCGGUCGAACGACUGGUAUUGUAAUGGAUUCAGGCGAUGGUGUUAGCCAUACAGUUCCGAUUUACGAAGGGUUUUCCCUUCCUCACGCAAUCCUCCGAUUGGAUUUAGCAGGUCGCGAUUUGACUGAUUCGUUGAUGAAGAUCUUAACCGAAAGAGGGUACUCGUUUACUACGACUGCAGAACGGGAAAUCGUCCGCGAUAUCAAAGAGAAGCUUGCGUUUGUAGCGGUCGAUUAUGAGCAAGAGUUGGAGACGGCUAAGAGUAGUUCUUCGAUUGAGAAGAGUUAUGAACUGCCAGAUGGACAGGUGAUCACGAUUGGAGCGGAGAGGUUUAGAUGUCCGGAGGUUUUGUUUCAACCGUCUUUGGUAGGAAUGGAAGCGGCUGGAAUUCACGAGACUACUUACAAUUCGAUUAUGAAAUGCGAUGUUGAUAUUAGGCGCGAUUUGUAUGGAAACAUUGUUCUUAGCGGCGGUUCUACCAUGUUUCCGGGGAUUGCGGACAGGAUGAGCAAGGAAAUAACAGCUCUUGCUCCGAGUAGCAUGAAGAUAAAGGUGGUUGCUCCUCCGGAGAGAAAGUAUAGUGUCUGGAUUGGUGGAUCCAUAUUGGCUUCUCUUAGUACAUUUCAACAGAUGUGGAUCACCAAGGCAGAGUACGAUGAAUCUGGUCCAGCCAUUGUUCACAGGAAAUGCUUUUAAGCUAAAGCUUGGUUGAAGGAAAUUAUAUAUAUGUUAUUGUCUCUGAUUUAUAGUUGAUGAAGGCCCUGUUUCAUUAAAUGAAUGGUGAGUUUGAAGUAGUUUGUUUAUAUGUAUUUGUUUGAACUUUGAAUGUUGGAUUUGUAUCAUUAAUUUGUGCUGUGAGAAUAUUAGUGAUUGAAUGAACAAAUUUUAUUGGUUGUUCUAA